AGAUCCUGAAACCCUAGCCCCACAUCGACGCCGUUACAUGGCGUCCCGCGGAGGCUACGACGGCGGCCUCACCGCCGGGGGCAAGAUCCGCAGGCGCCCUGCUUCCCGCGCCGCAGCUGCAUCACCAUACGCACCCCCCGCUGCCGCCACUGUCCCGGCGGCGCACAGCGCUGAAGGGAGCGGCUGGAUCACUCGUCUCAUCACCGGCAGCGCCUCACGUCUCAUCUCCUCAGUGUUUCGCAAGCCGCCUCCGCCUCCGCUUCCGGAGCCGUUCAAUGCACAGCCUACGUGGCCAGAAUCGCUUGACGCACGGCCCUCGCAACCUGAGUUGCUCGACGCAGCUCACUCGCCGCCGCCGCCGCCGCCGCCGCCUUUAGAGGAUGACAUUCCAGAAGGAGAAGAAAAUGGCGGGCAGACUGCUAAAAACCUGUAUACUGAUAAUCCUGGAAACUCUGUCAAGGAUAGAGAUGUCAUGCUAAGAAGUUCUGAUUGCCAUCGUGGCAUUGAACUUGAAGAAUUAUUGAAACAGACGACGUCUACAAGGAGUGAGUUUGAAUAUUUGGCUGGGCUGUUGCGAUCCAGAACUGUUGGAUACAAUACAUCGCAGGCAGAAGUUGGUAAUAUAAAGCAAACAGAUUCCGGCAAGAAGGAAAAUGGAUCUAGAGGCUUACCUGUUGAUUUCUCCAUUAGAUCAUACAGUGUUGCUGAUGAAGUUGCUUCACCUGCAGAACUUGCAAAGGCAUAUAUGGGUUCAAGAUGUCCAGAGGGGUCACCCUUGCGCCUUAGAUUGCAUGACCUCUCUUUUCUACCUAAUAAACCAGUGGAAGCAAUCACAGUAGAUAAAUCUCUGAACCCCACACUUCUCCAAAGUUCAAGAUUGUCUGCUUCCACGUCCUUUGAUCAUCUUGGAAGCAACUAUAUGACUCCAAAUAAAUCAGCAAUACACAAAAUGUCAUCGUCUUCUUACUUCAAGGGUCCUGUUCCUUCAAGGGACAUGUCUGGUACCGUAUCUUCAUCUUAUCAGACGUCAAACAGUGUCCAUACAUUUGGCAGGCAGAAAUGCCAUGUGAAGAAGGAUAUCAAGAAGUUUUUGGAUGGUCAGUGACAAGGGUGCUAGUGAGGAUAGGAAAAGCAGAGAGCUGCAUUUUCUUAGUAUCAGUUCUAACCGGGUAUGCUAUAAUUUGUACGGGAUUAAUUAGGAUGCUAUGUAGCCAGAGCAUGUACUCCUGUCAUCCUCUGAUAGAUAGGUCUGUAUGUGACCGAUCCUUAUUUUGUGA